AUGAGCCGCUCCUUUACCGCGGUACCCCGACAAGAUAUCGAGCAAGUGGAAAGGAACAACAAAUUGACGGAGGAAAACGCUCGAUUGAAGGCACAGAUUGAGCAGUUGACGGGAGGGGAUGAUGCUGUUAAGAACCUCCUGGAAGAAAAUGAAAAAUUAAAGAAACAACUAGCCGAUGCAAAUGCGUAUGUGGAUCAGGCUGAUGUGGAGAAUGAACAACAAUACUCCACAAUGACGCACCAGAUCGAAGAGUUGAUCCAGAUGGUGCACGAUAAAAAGAAGGAGAUUUUAACACUAACGAAAGAGCUGGAAGAUAAAACUACCGUCACGGAGCGACUAAACAAAAAUGUCGACCAGCACAAAACCAGCAUCGAUCGGCAGCACGAGAUUAUUGAGCAAAUGAGAGAAGAGCUGGAUCGAGAAAAAGACGGUCGAAUCGAGGCGGAAAAUGAGAAGGACCGUCUUUAUAAUGAGCUCGAUGAUCUGAAGAGGAGGGAAUUCACGCUCCAAAUGGAGUUAGAAGACGUGCAACGAGCACUCGACAAACAGAAGGAGAUUUUGAAUACUUCUUCGGUGACCGCCCUAGUUGACAAGUGGGAGCGCCGUGUUCUCCUGUUGGAGAACGCGGUCCGUGAGCGUGAGGUCAUGCUGCACACGCAGCAGCAGAUGAUUCACGAACUCCGACGCCAACAGGGUUUCGCUCAUCGGGGAGCUGGGAGCAGUGGUGAAAGCCUGGACAGCUCGGAACGCAGCGCCCUCGAACACCGGAAAAAGCAGGCGGUGUUGCGGUAUAUUACCAGUGAUGACUACGAAAAGCGGGAACUGGUCGGCUCCAUCGCAGCUGCCCUGGAUUUGACGCGAGAUGAAGAGGACUACGUCAGAAAUACGCUCGGUCGGUCGAGAAACCAGAGAAAAUUGAUUAUG